CUGUUUUUCUUCCUCUGCAACUCAAAGAUCAACAUCGUGUUUGAUGAGAAGACAAAAGAGCUGAAUUCUUCUCUGUUCUGUUUCAGUCGAUCGAUUUUCGAUGAGAAGAAGUUUCAGAAUCGAAGAAUCCAAUUCCGUCGCGAAUUGAACUCUGUGUUUCAGAGCAAUAAAAUCGGAGGAAAAUGGAAGAGAAUUCUGCAAAAAGGAAGGCUAUGGGGACGAUACAUGAUCUAAUCGAGGAAGCCAAGCUCCGGACGGUGUGGUGGGCUUUGGUUAUCUUUACCGUCACUUACUUCUUGUCUCAUACAAGUAAGUCAAUGUGGAUGAAUUUGCCAAUAGCAAUUCUCUUUGUGGCUGCAUUGCGGAUUUUAACUAAUGAGGUUGAGUUCAGAUGGAAAGUUCAACCAGUCCACAGGCAAAGUUGCUUGCCUCGUUUGGAGAAGAAACAGUUGUCUGUGAAUGAUUUGCGGCUCUCUAGUGCACCACCUUCUCAAAAGUGGAAGAGGAAAAUUGAUUCUCCUAUGGUAGAGGCUGCGUUGAAUGAGUUUAUUGAUAAGAUACUUAAGGAUUUUGUUAUAGAUCUGUGGUAUGCAGAUAUUACACCAGAUAGGGAGGCCCCUGAGCUAAUUCGUGCAGUUAUCAUGGAUGCUAUUGGUGAAAUAUCAGGAAGGGUGAAGGAGAUAAAUCUUGUUGACUUGCUAACAAGGGAUAUAAUUGAUUUAAUAGGGGAUCAUUUAGAACUUUUUAGAAGAAACCAAGCUGCUAUAGGAGUGGAUGUUAUGGAAACAUUAUCUUCUGAGGAGAGGGAUGAAAGGCUGAAACACCAUCUUAUGGUUUCUGAAGAGCUUCAUCCUGGACUAAUAUCCCCUGAGAGUGAGUACAAGGUUCUUCAAAGGCUUAUUGCUGGAGUUUUAGCUAUAGUGCUGAGGCCACGGGAAGCUCAAUGUCCUUUAGUUCGAACUAUUGCACGAGAGAUUGUAACUUGCUUGGUGUUGCAACCUAUUUUGAAUCUGGCAAGCCCUGUGAAUAUCAAUGAGUUGAUUGAAUUAGUCUUGCUAACCAUAACCAAAGAUGGAGGUCUGAAUUGGUCCAUUGUGGGGGUACAAAGUGGCUAUUCAACCUCCAGCAAAUUUUCAUCCUUCAGUAAUCAAGGAACUGCUAUGACUCUGACUAAAAUUGAUGAUCGGAGAGAAACAUAUUCAGACUAUAACAUAUAUGAUGAAGAACGAAAGCAGCCACGGCCUGCUGAUUGGGUUCGAAUGCUGGAGGUGGCAACCCAGAGAAGAACUGAAGUUCUUGCUCCUGAAAAUCUUGAAAACAUGUGGACAAAGGGAAGAAAUUAUAAGAAGAAAGAGAACAAAAAUGUAAAAGAUGGAGUGCGAGAACCUAUUUCAAAAGGUGCCACCAUAAAGAGUGCUGUUCCUUCUGGGAAUUUUGGAAAGGAAGUGUCUGCCAACAGGGCUGGUGUUUCGACUGGAAUGGAAGAGAAAACUGUGGUGCAGUUAAUACCUCAAUUUAGGCUUGACAAUCGAUUAAGUAAUGAGAAAGAAAAGGGCUCAGAGUUAGCUCAGGAAUUUAACAAAUCAUGUUUAUUUGUUGGGCAUCAUCUUGUUAAUGAAUUAGAUAAUACUAGUGAGCAAGCUGCUGCUGAACAUAAAAGUAGGCUUCAUAGAUCUCAUAGCACCUCUGCCUUGAAAGAUGAACUUGAAAUAAAAAAUGAAUUUAGGGGAGAUGUUGAAGGCCCAAUUUUUUCAGAGUUCUAUAGCCCAGAUUUUGAAAGGUGUAGUAUAGAAUUUGAGGGUAAAAAUGCCUCAAAUAUUGUACUCCGCAGUGAGGGGCAACAUGUUCCUAAGCUUAGAUGUCGGGUUAUGGGAGCAUACUUUGAGAAACUCAGAUCAAAUUCAUUUGCAGUUUAUUCAAUAGCAGUGACAGAUGCUGAAAAUAGAACCUGGUUUGUCAAGAGAAGAUAUAGGAACUUUGAACGCUUGCAUCGACAUCUUAAAGACAUUCCAAAUUAUACACUGCAGUUGCCUCCCAAAAGACUAUUCUCAUCAAGCACGGAGGAUGCUUUUGUUCACCAACGCUGCAUUCAGCUUGACAAAUAUCUGCAAGAUCUGUUGUCUAUAGCGAAUGUUGCUGAACAGCAUGAAGUGUGGGAUUUUUUAAGUGUUUCCUCAAAGAAUUACUCUUUUGGAAAAUCUUCAUCAGUGAUGAGAACACUUGCAGUGAAUGUUGAUGACGCUGUCGAUGAUAUUGUACGCCAAUUUAAGGGGGUUUCAGAUGGCUUGAUGCGUAUUGUGGGUUCUCCCCUCAAUGAAGCCUCCUCUUCCAUUACUAACAAGAACUCUUCAUGGAAUUCAGAUAAGAAACAAAAAUCUGUUUCAGGGCAAAAUAACCUAGAGAUAACGGAUAGCACUUCUGAUAAUGAAGGUGAAAAGGAUGGAAGUCAUGGUCAUGAUAAAGGCAGAACUGGUGCACUAGCAAAUAGUUGGGAUUUAGACAACAAGUUAAACUCAGAGAGUUUUCCACCUGCAGUGAUCAAGAGUAGUGGGGAUUCUGAGAACUUUGAAUCUGAGAAACUAAAUUUGGAUUUGAAAGCUGAACAAAUUGGCCAGGGUGAAUCUACUUCAGCAAAAUUUUCUACAACCUCCAACCAUUUUGAAGAUCCAGUUGAAAUGCCACCUGAGUGGACACCACCUAAUGUUAGUGUACCUUUACUGAAUCUAGUUGAUAAAGUGUUUCAGCUUAAGAGAAGAGGCUGGUUGAGAAGGCAGGUCUUUUGGAUAUCAAAGCAAAUAUUACACUUGGUGAUGGACGAUGCUAUUGAUGAUUUUCUCUUGAGGCAGAUCUACUGGCUUCGGAAGGAGGAGACCAUUACACAAGGGAUUCAGUGGAUUCAAGAUGUUCUCUGGCCAGGGGGCAUAUUCUUUACAAAAGUAGGAAAUACUGAAAGCGAAUUCAACGAGUAUCAAUCCAGUCAGACAGGUUUCCAGAUGAUGGGCCAGUUUGGUGGUUGUAAGAUCUCUAAGCCAAUUUCCUUUGAGGAACAACUUGAGGCUGCUCGCAGAGCAAGUGACAUCAAAAAAAUGCUUUUUGAUGGAGCACCAACAGCCUUAGUUAGCUUGAUUGGGAAUAAGCAAUACAAACGAUGUGCAAGAGACAUUUACCAUUUCACCCAGUCUACCAUCUGUAUGAAGCAACUUGCUUUUGCAAUAUUAGAACUUGUACUCCUAUCAGUUUUCCCCGAGCUGCAGGAUCUUGUACUGGAUCUCCAUGGCAAGAGCCAUGUUAAGCUUGCCUAAUUGCCCUGGUGACCAUGAAGUUUAUAAUGUGAUGAUUGUUUUGAGGUGUCCAAAGCCUAACUGGCGCAAUUAUUUGGGACUUCACCUGCGCCACUCAGUUUUUGUCGUGAAUGACAAAACACAGGGAAUUGUCAAAUUUUAGGAAAUAGCUCUCACACAUUCUUAAUAGGUUUAGGGUCUGUACAGAAACCAGCUCGUGUGCAUACCUUUUGCCAACAACACCUCAUUCCAAAUAGGAAUUGUGUUGUUUUUGUAUCAGGACACUCGGGAAUAGAAAUUGUGUUGUUUUUGUAUCAGGACACUCCGGAACUCACAGUCUAUUCAUUAUUCAUUCAUUAAUUAAGGGUUUUCAAAAUU